AGUAAUAUAAUAGUUCGUUGAACUAUAGCGGCCAGAAAAACUAUGGUAGAAUGUUUAACACUCGAUGCUACUAUGUCGAAGGUAGCUUAAGGGAAUAGGGUGUGACGGCAUUAAUUGUAGUUUAAACAUGAUAGACACAUUUUUUUGAUAAAUUAAUGGUGAGGAAUUAGUUCAUAAUCUAAUACGGUAUAUAAGUAUAAGUAAGCAACAAUUUUGCGACUAUAGAUUGAGCUUGGAAGUGCAAUGAGAGCAAUCAUCCUUUUGUUGUGAUUUUUAUGAAUAUAUGUACUUAUUGAAAUACCUAAUUUCUUUAGUAUACAUUUCAUACAAAAUUAUUUAAAUGCCACGAUAAUAGAAGAUAGAUGAACCUAUUUUCUAGUCUGUCUACAAAUUAAGUGCUAUGGAAAAUAAUAAACACAGUUAAAUAACAAAUUUACGUAGAAUCGAUACUAUGGGUAAGUACUAUCUAAUUACCAAAUUCAAAAAAAAAAACGAAAACGAAACAAUGAAUAUCGUUAGAUUUGCCAAAUAAAUUUUAUUUACAUAUAAUAAUUCUGCAUCUUUUAAUCCAAAUUUUGUUACUGUUUUUGUACAUACUUCCAAGAUGUAAGAACGUGGUGACUUGAAACACAGGCCUUGCCUACAUCAGGCACCAUACUAUUUAAUACAUACAAUACAUAUGUACUUUUAAUAACAGCAUUAUUAUGAUGAUGAGAUAAUUACAAAAAUAAAUUAAAACCUGAUAAUAUUAGCUCAUCCAAUAGAUCUAAUUCAAAAGUCGAUAGAUAUGUAAUUAUAUUGUAGUGUAUUAUUUAUGUGAUAGCUGGCGAGUCUAUCGCUAUAUCGGAAACAUAUAUCGAAUCAUAUAACAUUGGUAAUAAAAUACUGCGACAAAAUGAGAUCGAUAAAAUAUUAUAGUUAUAAUACAUAGCGGUCAGUGGGGAGGCAGUGACCGUCACCUGUCGGGUCGUGUUGCCCACGUCCAGUUUCCAGCCUUCAGAUACAUUUUUCUUCUCAUUUGCAUAACGUUUUCUUCAAUAAUUAAUAGCCAUUGUUUAAUUUUUCAGACAACCAGGAUUUUCUUGGAAUAAUGGACGGUACAUACAAAAUGUGAGCACGACGAUAGUGGAAUUACGAGGCUGAAUAUAGAUAAAUAAAUUGAACUACAGGGACAGGACAUCACAGCCCUUUCCUAUGGGAGGCUAUCGGUAUAAAAGAGCCACCAUGGACCAAGGAAGGCCAGAGCUAACCAGCCCUCGUCCAGUAACAACAUCUACUGCAUCUCUACUGUACCACCACCGCCUCUAUCAUGCAAUCUCUCGUGUACCUCAUGCUGAUCAUCGCCGGUGGAGUCCUCGCCCACUACCGUGGCGUCUACGACUCCCGCAACCUCAUCGAGAGAGAAGAACGCAUGUUUGAUGGCGAUGUCGAAAUAGUGGAAUGUCCCGUGUGUGUCGACUCCGGACACUGGUUGCCAAGCAACGAAGAGUGCACCAUCCGCAAGGGCAACAAGAAGUACAAGAAGUGCGAGCUGGGCACUUACAUCAACGAAGUCUGCGGCAACCGACGCGACUGCUUCAGGGGUGCUGAAGAACAAUGCACUGAGAAAAUGGAAGUAGACAUCUACGGCCAGAAAUGCGGCGCUGGAUACUACUGCAACAAGCUCAUGGGCAUCUGCCAGGGUCUGGAAUACGUCCCCGACAGCACCCAGCAGUUCCUCCUGAACCCUCACCAUAGAUACUCCCUGCAGCGCAGCGGAAUCAAGACUCGUGCCGCAAACCACUUCCUGGACACCAUCAGGAAUUAAAAGCCACCAGGAACACCGAAACUACCCACCUAUGUUAUUCUUUUGAUCUCUAUAUCUAGUCAUUUGCUUGUAAUGAAACAUUCCAA